GACCCUCCAAAGAAGCACAGGUACCAACAUCCCCGCUGCUCUCCUCGAAGCCCAUCAGCACAGCACCUCCAGCACGGCGCUGUUUCCCAGCACACGUCAGCCCGGCGAGCUUACGAAAGAGCUGCACCCCCUGCUCCUCCGCUCAGCCCGGCGCCCGGCACCGCGAACAGAAGUGGCUCCGGGCCUCGGGAGGCCCCCGGCUCAGAGAGGCAGCCCCGAACCCGGCUGUGGCAGCAGCGAACGAGAAGCGGAGCGGCCGCAGCACGUCGAGUUCAGCGCUCUUAGGCCCGAGCCCGAUGUGCCGACCCCCACGCUCUGCGGCGGCGCUCCCCCCCCCGCUCCCAGACCGGUAGCGCCCUUACCGAACACCCCGCUGACAGAGCGGCGAAACCGCUACCCCUUGCCGGCGGCCGGAAGUGAGGGAAAGCAAAAGAAGGCGCGGAAGUAUGCGGUGAUGAAGCGCAUGAUCAGCCUGCGUGACCAGCGCAUAAAUGAGAAAGAACGGGCCAAGGCCCCCGCCAAAAAGAAGGAGGAUCCGAGCGCCAUCAAGGAGCGGGAGGUCCCUCAGCACCCCUCGUGUUUGUUCUUCCAGUACAAUACACAGCUGGGGCCUCCUUACCACAUCUUAGUGGAUACCAACUUCAUCAACUUCUCCAUCAAGGCCAAGCUGGACCUUGUGCAGUCUAUGAUGGACUGCCUCUAUGCCAAGUGUAUUCCAUGUAUCACAGAUUGUGUAAUGGCUGAAAUAGAGAAGUUAGGACAGAGGUAUCGCGUGGCAUUAAGAAUUGCCAAGGACCCUCGGUUUGAACGUUUGCCAUGUAUGCACAAAGGAACCUAUGCAGAUGACUGUUUGGUACAGAGAGUCACUCAGCACAAAUGUUAUAUUGUAGCCACAGUGGAUAAAGAGCUCAAGCGGAGAAUACGAAAAAUUCCAGGAGUGCCCAUAAUGUAUAUUUCCAGGCACAGAUACAAUAUUGAGAGGAUGCCAGAUGAUUAUGGAGCUCCUCGGUUCUAACCUGUCCAGCCAAGCCAUGAAUGCCAAGGCCCUGAGCCAGUAUAAGGCUCCUUGUUCAAGCUCUCCUGCUUUCCUCCUUGCUGGAACCCUGUUUGUAGGAUAUUGGAUUGACUUCAUAGCCUUGAUCUUCUAGGAAAAAAAAAAAAUGUGGAAGAGCCUGUUUUUAUUCAUCUUUUUCUGACUGCACUGCUUGGAGAAGGAUAUCAGAACAAGAGAACUCUAUGAGCAAGAAUGUGCCAAACUCCCUCUUUGUUCUCACAUGGUGAUGGGUUUCAUCAUUCUGAAUUAACUACUGGUGAUAUUCCAGCUAUGACUGAGAGUGGGACCACAGAGGUAUUAGAAGGUUCUUAUCCCUGCAUCUGCAGCAGGAUGAGUACUCCUUUGGUGAACUCCUUUGCAUCUACUCCAGAAGGAAAUUGGAAUCUGAAUGCUGGGGGAAAGCCAUCAAGACUGCCUUCUCUGGAGCCAUGGUCUGGUAGAUUUUAAUUGAGAAUUGAUAGGCUUUUAUUUAACUGUAUCUCAAUACAGUGAAUGAAAUCAAGUUGUGUCCUGCUCAUGUUCCCUAACUCAGUUCAUCCCUGUACGCUGAACAGAUUUUCCCUUGUUUUUGUAGGUGCUCAGUGCAUAUUUAAUAUCUCUUCUUACCAGUGCA